AAAAUGCACGAUUGAAAGUGAAAGGUUGAUAUACGUCUAUACCAUGAUAUUGGAAGCAGCAUUUGAGCUUCGUUAGCUCAAAUAUAUUAGAGAAGCAUACACGGGGUUAUUUGAUACGAAAAUCGCUAUUUUUUCAGCUUGUGAUCUGUGAUCGAUUGUUAACUUAUAUGAUUAUGAUUUUUAGACAACGUUGAAUCAUUUUAAAGACAUUACGCGUGUAAUAAAAUUAUAUAUCGCAAUUAUCGUAAAUAUCGUUAUUUUGUUUGCCACUGUUUGUUUUUCGAACUUAUCCAAAGCAUUAACCAAAGCUUCAUUGUAACCUGAUAUCGUUUGACAUCUGUGUUCAACAUUCCAAUGUGAAGAAAGAACUUUGGUAAAACUUCUGAAUCUCUGUCAGAAGGACAGUAAAAAAGUGACUUGCUGAAACGUAAUUAAAGUCAAAGGAAUUCACGGGAUAACGCGGGUUACAUCUGGAUUCUUGUUUGUAAUCUUCAAGUUUCCAACAAUCGAGCGAUAUGUUUAACACGACAUGAUAGUAGAGAUUGCGUGAGAGAAUGCUGAUGGUCGCAUCAUACGCAAAGUGUCAAAAUAUAAUUGUGACGUACGCUUUGUUGGGAAAAAGGUGACAUUGAGAAAAUAUCCGCUCGUUUUUGGCAGAUAUCAGAAUUAUGGAGAUAAUGAACAUCACAGAUAAUGAACAUCACGAGUCACAUGCUGUGCUACCCGUGAAUUGUGGCAUCUUACAAGUUUCAUGUAACUGGCAAGUUGCUAGCAAUAAACAACUUUACGAUGCUAUCAUUAUUGUACCCCUAAAACAUGCACCUAAUCAUAGAGUAAGCUAUGAAGAUGUAGUUUCUACGGAUACCUGCAUUUCUCUGCAACCAGUUGAUCCUGUGGUGUUUAAUGCAGAAUCUAAUAUGAAUUCUUGUACAAAUUCCAAUAUGGAUGGUUCCAAUAGGGAACCAUGUAUGUUGGACAUCAAAGUGACAAACUGCCAGAAAAUAGCGCGUAUUGUCAUCGUUUCGGAAGGUAGCGUUCUUGAAAUUUUCAAACAAUCUGGAGAAUAUGAAACAACAAUAUUCACAGACUUUAUAGACGAAUAUGAAGGAACUACUGUUUUCAUUGGAGACACCACGAUACAACCACCUACGACUGAAGUUAGUGUUAAGUUUACCAGAACGAGAAAUAAAGAUGCUAGUAUGGGCAUAUGGAUAUUUGGUAUAAAACUGUUUCUGACGGAGGCCAUAAAAGAGGCAAAGUCAGGUGCCUUUAAUUAUGAUAUUGUUCAAACGUUUCUCAGCAAUGCCAACGGCAAACCACAUAAAAUGGCUGAUAUGGCAAGGAGAGUAUUUGAAUAUUAUGAUAAACAAGAAACUACGAACAAGGAACAAUCUUGCCAGAAAAGUCUGGAAAGUUUUGCUGCAGAUUUAGAAUAUCUGGCAGGUAACAAUAAAAUUGGAAAAAGAGCUAAUGAAAAGGAUUGCUUGAAUUACGGAAAUAAUUAUAAAAAGCCAAAUUCUCUUGAAUCUCAAAAUGGGAUCGUAAAGAAAGAGAGCGAAAACUGUGAAAGUCUAAACUAUAAGGAGGAUAGUAAGGAAUCCAAUAUUGAUAUCAGAACGUACAUUGACAACAAAUUUUAUGACAUGGAGAAAAGAUUGAUGAAAAGGAUAAACGAAAUGGAAGCUAAUACCAAUCAGAAACUGGAUACCAUCUUGAGUAAACUUGAAACACAGCUAAGUUUAAAAUAUAAAAAUGUUUCUGAUUAAACUUUUAUGUUAAAUGGAUGAGACACAACACACAGAAUAACAGAAUUAUGAUAUAAAAGCAAUAUGUAUCUAUUGAUUAUUUAGUAAGAUUUGCAAUAUGUUAUAUAUGACAAGUCGUCUUAUUGUGAAUAUAUUGAUUUAUUUAAUGAAAAAAUACAGCAAUUUUAA